AUGUUGAGAUCAUCCGUUGUCCGUAGUCGUUCUACGUUGAGACCUUUAUUACGCCGUGCUUACUCUACUCACAAAGAGUUGAAGUUUGGCGUAGAAGGAAGAGCCUCGCUUUUAAAGGGUGUGGAGACUUUAGCCGAAGCCGUUGCUGCUACUUUGGGCCCAAAAGGUAGAAAUGUCUUGAUUGAACAACCUUUCGGACCCCCAAAGAUUACCAAAGAUGGUGUUACUGUGGCAAAAUCCAUUGUCUUGAAGGACAAGUUCGAAAACAUGGGUGCCAAAUUACUACAAGAAGUAGCUUCCAAAACCAAUGAAGCUGCCGGUGAUGGUACUACUUCUGCCACUGUCUUGGGUAGAGCCAUUUUCACUGAAUCUGUAAAGAACGUCGCUGCAGGCUGUAACCCAAUGGACUUGAGAAGGGGUACCCAGGUCGCAGUUGAAAAGGUUAUUGAGUUUUUAACCGCAAAUAAGAAGGAAAUCACUACAUCCGAAGAAAUUGCUCAAGUAGCAACCAUUUCUGCUAACGGGGAUUCUCAUGUUGGUAAAUUGCUAGCUUCAGCCAUGGAAAAGGUUGGUAAAGAAGGUGUUAUCACUAUCAGAGAAGGUAGAACGUUGGAAGAUGAACUAGAAGUGACUGAAGGUAUGAGAUUUGACCGUGGUUUUAUCUCUCCCUAUUUCAUCACUGAUCCAAAGUCAAGCAAAGUAGAAUUCGAAAAGCCAUUGUUACUAUUGAGUGAAAAGAAAAUUUCUUCUAUUCAAGAUAUUCUACCAGCCUUGGAAAUUUCCAACCAAAGCAGAAGGCCCUUAUUGAUUAUCGCUGAGGACGUUGAUGGUGAGGCCCUUGCUGCCUGUAUCUUAAACAAGUUAAGAGGUCAAGUUAAAGUCUGUGCCGUAAAGGCCCCUGGCUUCGGUGACAACAGAAAGAACACCAUUGGUGAUAUUGCUGUUUUAACAGGUGGUACUGUUUUUACUGAAGAAUUGGACUUGAAACCAGAACAAUGUACCAUAGAAAACUUGGGUUCUUGUGAUUCUAUUACUGUGACUAAAGAAGACACUGUUGUUUUGAACGGUAGUGGUCCAAAGGAAGCCAUUCAAGAAAGAAUUGAACAAAUUAAGAGUUCCAUCGAUAUCACCACCACAAACUCUUAUGAAAAGGAAAAAUUACAAGAACGUUUGGCCAAAUUAUCUGGUGGUGUUGCCGUCAUUAGAGUUGGUGGUUCAUCGGAAGUUGAAGUUGGUGAAAAGAAGGACCGUUAUGAUGAUGCUUUGAACGCUACAAGAGCUGCAGUUGAAGAAGGUAUCCUGCCAGGUGGUGGUACUGCCUUAGUAAAGGCCUCUAGAGUCUUGGAUGAAGUUGUUGUUGAAAAUUUUGAUCAAAAAUUGGGUGUUGACAUCAUAAGAAAGGCCAUUACAAGACCUGCUAAGCAAAUUAUCGAAAACGCUGGUGAAGAAGGUUCGGUUAUCGUUGGUAAACUGAUCGACGAAUAUGGCGAUGAUUUCGCCAAGGGUUACGACGCCGCUAAGUCUCAAUACACCGAUAUGUUAGCCACUGGUAUUAUCGACCCAUUUAAGGUUGUUAGAUCUGGUUUAGUUGAUGCUUCUGGUGUCGCCUCAUUAUUGGCUACCACUGAAGUUGCUAUCGUUGAUGCACCAGAACCACCCGCUCCUGCUGGUGGUGCUGGUGGUAUGCCAGGUGGUAUGCCAGGCAUGCCAGGUAUGAUGUAA